GUAAACGAUGCUUUAUUUGUGCAACAACAGUUGCCCAGAACAGACGUUGUUUCUUUUGGCGAUCGGUCGGUGGGUUCGGUCAAUCGGUCAUUGUAGUGGUCAGUAUUCAGUGUCAAGUGUUGUUGCUGCAAAAAAGAAGAAUUGAAAAAAAACGGUGUCUUUGUGAAGUUAGAGAAUAAUCGCACAAGUGUUUCGUUUUCAAAACCGUUUAAUAAAUUUUCUUUUAGCCAGUGUGUUAAUUGUUUUAUCUUGUUAAAUAUGCUUUAACAAUACGACUGAUUACGUCUCAAUAAAAGUGAUUUAAAUAUUGUUUGUUAAACGUGUGGAAAAAGUCUGUCGCCAAUUUGUCAGAACAAAAAAGAAUUCAAAAAACUUUGGGUUAAAAGAAAUAUAAAACCGGCAAAAUGGUCAGCAGCUCCUUUAAGAUAUCGGAAAAGGAGCCGGUGAAAUAUCCCAAGUCGGUGGGUUUUAUUAUCAGCAAUGAGUUCUGUGAACGUUUCAAUUAUUAUGGCAUGCGAACCAUCCUGGUUCUAUAUCUGACCAGUAAACUGCAAUAUGACGAUGAUACGUCGACGGUCUUGUUCCAUGUCUUUACGAUGUUAGUGUAUUUGUGCCCCCUGGUGGGUGCCAUCGUUGCUGACAGUUGGCUGGGCAAAUUCAAGACCAUUCUGAAUUUGUCCAUUGUUUAUGCCAUUGGUGGUGUCAUCAUGGCCUUGGGUGCCGUGCCGGUGCUGAAGCUGCCAGUUCAGGCUGUAACCAUAUUGGGGCUCGUUCUCAUUGCCAUCGGUACGGGAGGCAUCAAACCUUGCGUAUCUGCAUUUGGUGGUGAUCAAUUCCGCCUUCCAGAACAAGAAAAACAAUUGGCCACAUUCUUUUCCCUUUUCUAUUUCGCCAUUAAUGCCGGUUCCAUGAUUUCAACUUCGGUUACACCCAUCCUGCGUGAAGAUGUCCAUUGUUUCGGCGACAAUGAUUGUUUCUCAUUGGCAUUUGGUGUUCCUGCUGUUCUCAUGUUGUUGUCGGUGGUAAUUUUUGUGGCCGGCAAGAGGUUGUAUGUGAUGAAACCCCCAGCAGGAAACAUGAUUUUGGGUGUCUCACGUUGCAUUAGCCAGGCCAUCAGUGGCUGGAGAAGAGAGCGCAAAACAAAACCCAAGCCACAUUGGUUGGACUAUGCCGAACCAGCUGUGGGCUCCAAAAUGGUUUCCGAUGUAAAGACGUUGCUGAAGAUUUUGGUAUUGUUUUUGCCUUUCCCCGUUUUCUGGGCAUUGUUCGAUCAACAGGGUUCAAGGUGGACUUUCCAGGCCACCCGUAUGGAUGGUGAAAUUUUUGGUUUCUUCAUUAAACCCGAUCAAAUGCAGGUGGUUAAUCCUCUGCUGAUUUUGGCCUUUAUUCCAUUGUUCGAUUAUGUCUUGUAUCCCCUGUUGUCCAUGGUUGGCAUACGCAGACCCUUGCAGAAAUUGACACUUGGAGGUUUGUUGGCUGCUGGAGCUUUCUUGCUAUCGGCAUUUGUGGAACUGAAAUUGGAGGCGGUGGCACCUGUUGUCCCCGGGCCCACAACAUCACAGCUGCGAAUUUACAAUGGCAUGCCUUGUGAUUAUAAAUUCCUAACCGAAUUUCCCAUGAGUGAUAUGAAAAAUGAAAGCCAUGUACCGGCGUUGGGUUUGUGGAUGGAGAGGGAAGUCCCAUCGGCUAUGCUUACCUCUUAUCGCUUUGAUGCCUCAUCGGCGGAUCCUGCAUGUCCCGGAAUAUCGGGUAUGAUUAAAACGAUGCCCGGCAAGGCCGUCAGUUAUUUCAUUGCCAACGAUCGUAUGCAUGAAUUCAUGGAUAGUCCUGAACAACCCAAAUUGGGCAAUCCUUUGGUCCGUGUCAUGUUAAAUAUUCCUGCUGGUCAGGGUAACUUUACCAUUGUCGAUGCAGCCAACACUGUGACGGAGCUGGCUUCGUACAACACAUCACAGUUGAUAACUGUGGCGAGGGGAAAAGCUGUUCUAGCUUUAAAUGAUCAAGUGGUUAUGAAUCUAACUGCCCGAGCGGGAGGUGUAUAUGUCCUCAUGGCCAAUGGAAAUUUCAAGGAGGGAUUUAAUUAUCAGCAACAUGUUGUAACCGAACCCAACUCUGUCCACAUGAUGUGGCAGUUGCCCCAGAUCAUUGUCAUCACCGCUGCGGAAAUUAUGUUCUCCAUUACCGGUUUGGAAUUCUCAUUUACUCAAGCUCCCCAGAGUAUGAAAUCGGUAUUGCAAGCCUGUUGGCUUUUGUCGGUGGCCAUUGGUAAUAUGUUGGUAGUUGUUAUAGCCGAGCUGAAAUUCUUCGAAUCACAGGCUGCUGAAUUUGCACUCUUUGCUGGUCUCAUGAUCAUCGACAUGUUUAUAUUCAUGUUAUUGGCAAUGCGUUAUAAAUAUGUAACACACAGCGAAGAAGGUGAUCCAGAAGCCGGAGAGAAAUCCGUUAGACCCAAUAAUGAACAAAUGGGACAAUUACCACCGGCGCAACCAUCAACUCCACAAAGAAUCAAGAACAACGAAGAACGUAUGGCCAGCAAGGACAACAAUAUGGAAAAUCAGAAGGAUACCACCACCAACAAUGGUGUUACGAAUGAGGCCUACGAUCACAAUGAAGAAGAUAUGAAAUGAAAUUCAAUUGAAUUUUGAAUAGAAAAUAAUGGGAAAUGUGUCACUUUAACAUUUCCUGACUGUGAUCUGUACUUAUCUAGCUAAUUCCUCUUUUUAUACUCUCAAUAUUUCUCUGUUAUAAAUAGAAGAUCACUUCCUGUACAAUAUUUUCAUAAUUUUCUCAAUGCGUUGAUUUUAUCUCUUUUUGUAAACAUUUUUUCAUUUAUAAUUUAUUUUGCUUUUUUUAUUCUAUCUUUGUUUUUCUCAUGUUCUUUUAAUUUUGCCCACAUAAUUUUUUAUAUACUAUAUUUUCGUAUCGUUAUUAGUUGUAAUCUGUUAUAUUAACAUAAACUGUUAUACAUUUAUUUUUUGUUAAAAUCAAAUAUUCGAAUAUAUAUCGCAUGUAAUAGUGUUAAGUAUGUACAAUUGUAUAUUUUUGUAAAAAAUAGUUAUACUUUUUUUAGUACAAUAAAAAAAUACCUCCCAAAUAAAGUCUCUAAAAACAUUUUUAAAAGAAA